AUGAGCGGGCGAGGUGGCUACAGUAACGGCAACGGCUACGGGUACUCCGACACCGGCCGGUACGAUGAUGGGAGAUUCGGUAGUAGCGAGAGCCUCGGGGUGAACGGCUACGGCGGUCGAGGAGGAGGCAGCAGUGGCUCGAAUGGAGGCAGCAGAGACCGGGAGCGCAGCAGACCAGGCGGUUACGGCGGGUUCUAUGCUGAGUCGAACCAGUCGUCGUCUGUUUCGCCGGGCCACUCGCCGGAGCAGAGGCGUGAUUUGUCGGAUCGAGAGAGACAACAAGCGUCAGCAUCUUCUCAGUCGACUUCACGGUCCCGGCAGAGGGAUGGUGGCUCUGAUCGGCGAUACCAGAGUGCGAGGGAGGAGCGAUCGACGGAGGAUGCUCGUUAUCCGGAUAAUCGCAGUCGCGACAGGCUUGUGCCCGAAGUGGGUUCUGCAGUGAUUCCUACUGGUGAAAAGCAAUCUGUUGAAGAAUGUUUACAAGCGAUUCAACGCGAUUGGGAUUUCAUGAUGGAUGCCGAAUGCAUUCCGGUCAAUGUUGCCCUCAGCUUGAUGGACACGAGUACAUUAGGAAAAGCGGAUAGAGAACCGGCAAUCUUGAAUAUGCAUGCUCAAAUCCAGCGGACGCUCAAGUCCAUUGUCAAUGAGCACCACCAGGGAUUCAAUAGCUCUAUCGGUACAUACCACAAGAUUCAGUCGAACAUUUCCAGCUCUCAGAGCCGAGUACGCAACCUCAGAAACUCCCUGGAGGAGGCAAAGUCUGGGUUGCUGUCAACGAAGCCUGAACUGAAAGGAUUGGCAACGUCUUCCCAAAACUACGAUGAUAUUCUCCAAUUGUUUGCCCAUAUUGAAGAGAUUCAAUCUCUCCCAGAGAGGCUUGAGUCCCGAAUCUCGGACAAGCGAUUCCUUGCAGCCGUUGAAGUACUUCACACUGGGCAGCGAUUGCUCCGACGAUCUGAACUCGAGGAUAUCGGUGCCUUGUCCGACAUUCGCGCUUACUUCACCAACCAAGAAGUUUCGCUUACGGAUAUCUUGAUCGAGGAGUUGCAUGAUCACCUGUACCUCAAGUCUCCUUACUGCACAGAUCGAUGGAGGGCACCCGUUACCGAGGGAGAAACGAAUCCGACAACCUGGACGAGUAAUCGAUCUUGGGAACGUCCUGUCUACAGCUUCCUAUCCAAGUUUGAUGCAUCUACACCAAUGGUUGAAGAUGCAUCUAGAAACCCGGAGGCUGAUACUUUCACUUAUAUCCAGCUAUUGAUAGAGUCUCUGAGUAAGAUGGGACACCUUGACACGGCUGUUGAUCGGAUUGAACAGCGCUUACCAGUAGAGCUGUUCACUGUGGUUGAUAAAACCAAUGCUGAAGUUGAUGCUCGGUAUCCUACUCCAAACCGCAGCUAUUCAUCCCAUGACAAUCAGCUUAAAUCCAACCUACCUACGGAAAAUAUUGAACAACGUGGCCAUGUGCUUUCUGAAUUUCUCUGGGCUCUGUAUGCCAAGUUUGAGUCAAUCGCAGAAGGUCACCGAGUCGUGCACGAUGUGGUCUCGGCAAUCGUUGAGCGAGAAGGCUCAACUAAAAGCGAUACGCUCGGUGCGGGAUUCAAGGAAUUAUGGAAACUCUUGCAGAGCGAGAUCCGAUCCUUGUUACAUGACUACCUCGCGACCGAUGGCGAGGCAUCCUUCAGGUUUAGAGGUGAGGAGGCAGAUGCCCGGCGCAACUUCAACUCAGGCAACAGGGACAAGAGCAAGAAAAUGUUCAAGUUAUCCGACUUUGACCAGGAUUCGGAGAUGAAAGCUGAGCAGGAUGAACUGGAUGAAAUCCUCAAAUCAUCGGUUCCUGGCUUGGUCUCUAAGUCUAGACAAAAGGCCGCGGCCGCUGAUGCAACACAAGCCAAGCAAGGGAAUUCAGGAACUGGCCAUAAGCUUCUUCUUGAGCCAAGCGUCUUCAAUAUGAGAAUCCUUCUCCCGCCGUCGCUAUCUUUCAUCCAACGGCUGAAAGACAUUGUGCCAGUCGAUUCGGAUAUCUCCAUGUCUACAUUGACCUCCUUCCUUGACGACUUCAUGGUUAACGUGUUUCUUCCUCAAUUGGACGAGACUGUGACAGAUCUAUGCACGCUAAGCUUUAUUGCUCCUGAUGCAUUCACUGAAGAUCCCCAGUGGACGAAGGUUUCGCCUCGACCCAUCUUCAGAGGAACGGUCAAGUUCAUGACCAUCGUGCGCGAGUUUAGCAAGAUGCUAUCGAGUAUUCCGCAUGACCAAGCCUUCACGCAGCUUCUAAUCGACCAGAUAGUCACAUACUACGAUAAGUGUUGUGGCUGGUAUAAGUCUAUGGUUACCAAGGUUUCCGCCCGCAAUCUCGGGGGUGAAGUAAAACUUAAGGCUGCUGCAUCAUUUGCCGCAACUGGCGACAUUCAUGAUGUAGUAGAAGAACUAUGGAGAGGAGCCGGCGCCAAAAAGAAGACACUCAUUGAUACUGAAAUCGAUUACCUUUUGAAGAGGACGGACAGUUCGCCUUUGGAGCCUUAUGACAUUAUAUCGGACCCGAAGACAGUUGUUGCUCUCUCGCUCCUCUACAACAGCAUGCAAUGGCUAGGAAGUCACCUUGCAAAGAUCAGACUUGUCGUCGAUACCUCCCAUGAAGCAAGCGCUUCAACCGUCACCGCAAGUGGCCGACCAUCUCGCAGAUGGACCCUAUUCGGAGCCAUGAAGCCCAAACGCGACAGCAUCAGCCAACCAGUCCAUCUGCCCCUAAACCAACAAACAGCCGCCGCAUUCGACGAGACCGUCCAAUCACUCCACCGACUCGGAUGCAACGCCCUCCUAACCCUCCACGUCGACAUCCGCUGCGGCAUCAUCCACAUGCUAACACGAACAAUGUCCGGCCCCAACCCGCCCAACGUCCGCAACUCCGAACCCACAACGCCCUCCCCCAGCCUAACAGAAAACUGGUGGCACAUCAUCCUCAACCAGCCCACGGCCGCCUCCCCGACAAUCCUCCAACUAAACGGCGACCUCAUUGCCUUCGAUACCAACAUCUCCACAUACCUCGGCUCCGCCGAGCGCUGGUUCAUCACGUCCGGCCUAGCCCGCGUCAUGGACCGCGUCUUCGUCGCCUGCACGCGCUACAUCGGCGCCAUGAACGAGAACGGCGCCCUCCGUCUCCAACUGGACGUCCUCGUUCUGCAGCAAAACCUGAAGAACAUCAUCAUCGACCCAACGGCCGACCCGGCAGCCGCUGACCAAGAAGUCGUCGCUUUGCCGCGGAGCGCCAAGUUCCUGGAUUGGUUCCUGGAAGGCGCGGAGCAGGCGUUGGAUUACGCGAAUGAGGAGAAAGGAGCGUUUGCGGCGCAGGGUGAUAAGGCGCUGGCGGCUGGGAAUGGGGAGCCCUUUACGUAUGAUGAGCUUCGUGUCCUGGUGGAUCUGUGCUUUUCGGAGAUUCUGCGUGGUCCUCGGGGUGCGGAGAAUCGGGAGGACUUUAUGUCGGCGAAGAAGGCUAGUGCCGAUGCUUUGCUGCGUCUGAAUGAGGUUAUGUGGGAUGCACGUUGA